AUGUACAAUCGUCAAGUCAUUUUUGUCUUAUCCCAGCUGCCGCGCCGGCAGAUCUUCCUCCUCAUCUGCCUCAUCUCAUCGGCCCUGGCCUUCGUACGGCCUGCGACCGUGGCCCUACACAAUCAAUCUCCACAUUUGCAAGGGCGGGAUGGCAUUCACGAUGCUACGGCAGCCACGUCGACGCCUCCAAGGAAAGGUGCACCGCGCAUGUCGGCUUAUUCAGAGCCUGUCCCGCAGGCCACAGACCCGCCUUUCCGCAUCGGCCACGGUUUUGACAUCCAUAGACUGGAAGCGGGGCUGCCAUUGGUGAUAGGGGGCGUCAAAAUCGAGUUUGAAAAAGGGUCGGCCGCGCACUCGGACGGAGAUGCCUUGUACCACUCGGUGACGGACGCGAUUCUGGGAGCCAUCGGCCUGCCCGACAUCGGACAACUCUUCCCGGACACCGACCCGAAAUGGAAGGGGGCGGACUCGGCGCAGUUCAUGAGGGAGGCGCGCCGGCUCAUGACGCUGAGAGGCUACCGCAUCGGGAACGUGGACGUGACCUUGAUCUUGCAGAAGCCCAAGGUGAAGGACAUCAAACCGCAGAUGAAGGCGAAUCUGGUGGAGCUGCUAGGGACCGAGGAGAGCCGCGUGAACAUCAAGGCACGCACACACGAGCACGUGGACAGCGUGGGCGAGUCUAGGAGCUGGGUGGUACACGUGGUCAUACUCUUGGAGAAGGUCUGA